AUGGCUACCGAGACGGAAAAUAACCAUAUCGCACGGGAUGACGAAAGCCCGACACCCGAGCCAUCCUUCUACGAUCAGAAGGAUGCUCGCCAGGUUCUGGGCAGAAUAAUUAGUACAAACUUUGCGGUCAUGGUAGCUGGACUGAAUGACGCUGCCACGGGUGUCCUGAUACCCUACAUCCAGCCAACUUACGAGAUAGGUUUGCUGCAAGUCUCAUUCAUAUAUCUCGUUAAUUUUACUGGCUGGCUCUGCGCCUGCUUUGCCAAUAUUCAUGUCUGCUCCAGGCUAGGAACGGGAGGCACGCUACUCCUGGGCGCAACGGUACAAUGCCUCGGGUAUGCACUCAUGUUCUGGCAUCCGCCCUAUCCUCUUUUCAUGGCCGCCUUCUUUUUCACGGGUAUGGGUGUCGCUUUCCAGGAUGCGCAGGCAAACGCGUUCACUAUCACUGUGAAAAACGCUCAUAGAUGGCUGGGCAUACUUCAUGCUGUUUAUGGAUUGGGAACUAUCAUUGCUCCACUGAUUGCUAACACAAUCGCCUCGCGGACGCCAGAAUGGCACCAUUACUACUUGAUCGUGUUCUGUGUGGGCAUUGUGAAUAUCUUGCUCCUCGCUUGGACCUUCAGGCGAGGUCUUUUCCGACCGAAUGUGCAAGAUGCUAAGGAUACCGCUGGCAGUGAAUUGAAAGCUACGCUGGCUAAUCGGUCGGUGUGGAUCCUGAAUGGAUUCUUCUUCCUCUAUGCCGGUGCGGAGGUGGCUUCUGGAGGAUGGAUUGUUCAAUUCAUCAUCUCAGUAAGACAUGGUGACCCGAAGAAAGUAGGUUAUAUCGCCUCCGGGUUUUGGACUGGCUUUACCGUAGGCCGGGUUCUUCUCGCGGACAUCACACACAAAUUUGGUGAGCGCCGAAUGGUCUUUGUCUAUCUCGUGUUGGCGCUGGCGAUGCAGCUUAUGUUCUGGAUCGUCCCGAGUAUCCCCGUAAACGCUGUCGCCGUUUUCCUUUUGGGCUUCUUCAUAGGACCGUUCUACCCUGUUGGACUGUAUGUUCUUACUGAAAUCGUGCCCCAAGAGCUUCAUGUCGGGGCCAUAGGCUUCACUGCGAGUCUAGGGCAAGCUGGUUCGGCCGCUUUUCCCUUUAUGACGGGCGCAAUAGCCUCGAAAGCAGGUGUUCAAGUCUUGCAACCGAUCAUGGUCGGCUUGCUUAUCGGUAUCGGCAUAUUCUGGGCCUUUAUUCCGAAACAGGGAACCAUAAGACUCGAGCAUGACGACGAUGAUAACGGUCGGCUUAUAAACUAAGAUAGUCAGGCGACUUUCUCCUUGAUAUGGCUGAUACAAAUUCGGUUCUGGAUUUUGCCCCUUUGAAAAAAUUCCUGCAUUGAUAGAAUGUUUUGUUAUGACUAGACUGUUCAGAAUUACUCUAUGCCUCGUACGAGAUGGAAGUUCAUGAAGACCGGGGCUACUGAAGUAACGGGACAUGUCACCGCAGUGGUAGUUGAUUCCUCAAGGAGCGGAUUUACCUCUGACCGCUGGGCAAUUCGCAAUAAGGUUUAUAUCCCAUGUCAAUAGCCUGCGUAGCGAAGCUUUUGAACUGUUUGGGGGUCGUGGCCAGAUAUACUCAACCUCGAUGGCUCGCUAUGCCGAGACACACGAUAGAAAUCUAGGCGAUGGUCCCACGUCGCUCGGGCAUUGAUACAACUUGGAGUUACGUAUAAACUAGUACACUAGC